AUGUCAGAUCAAAGAAAGGAGAGACCAAACGAGAUUCGAUUGAAUCAAAGCGACAGAAAAAAGACACACAAGCAAUCCUCGACAAUGCAAGGAACUUCAUCUGACAGUUGCAACUCGCGGUUACUUCCUCCAAUUAUCACAAACAGUGAAUUAAGCCGUCAAGAUGAGUUUUCUAAGUCUCCAAUAUCGGAAUCUAAGCCAUGGUCCAGUUACCAUAAGGGAUGUAUUUCAAAAAACCUUUCUUCACUAAAUAGUUUAGAUGUAAAAAGGGAGAGGAAAGCAAAAAGAUUAGCGAAACAGACUGUUCAGGACGCUUCAGUUGAUAUAAUUGACUACCUCGACCGCAAUCGUGACUUUUUGGAAGCGUACAUUGUUGAUAAUGUUCCAAUAAGCCAGCUUGAACAGUGGCUGUUUAAAAAAAUGACACCUAAUAUUGAUAAAACAUCAUAUUUAAGUACUAAAUGUUUGAUGAGGCAAAGUAAAAAACAUAUUACGAGAAAGGAUUUAUGUAAUAUUUCCUUUAUGGAAUUGGUCAAUAAAUUAAGUGGGGAUGUUAACGAACAUUCUAUUACGUUAGAACUAGCUCGCUUCAUGAGUUUUUCUGUUGGCGUGGAUGCCUAUCGAGUGUACAAAUUGUAUCCAGAUCAUCCUACUUUUGUACAAUAUUUUGUACCCGACUUGACUUCCGAUCAUCUUACCUCAACACGUUUGGCACGAGCAGAUACAGAUGACAUUGCACACGUAUUAGAGGUGGCGAAAUUCGGAACAUGCUUACUUUUGUCAAGAGAGAACAGCUCAAACUUUCCAAAAAUAUCAAAAAAUUUACUUCACGUACUUGGAAUAAAGAAUGAGGACGAAGUUAAUAACGUUUUGUAUCAACCAAUAUUAACAGUUAAUGGAAAAACAGCGUAUGUGAUAGAAAUGUGGCGACUUACGAAUAAAUUUGAUGAUGAAGAUGAAAAAAAUUGUUCCGAUUUUGUAGUUUGGGGCAGUCUAAUUUUACAUUUCUGUAACUUAUAUUUAGAUAAAAAGAGAGAACGCAACAUGUCAGAUUUCCUCCUGGAUGUUGUUAAAGCUAUAUUUGAAGAGAUGGUGUCACUGGAUCAGCUAAUAAAAAGAAUACUGGAAUUUGCUCAAAGACUUGUAAAUGCAGACAGAGCGUCUCUUUUUCUAGUCGAUUACAGUAGCUUUGAAUUAGUAUCAACAGUUUUUGAUUUGAAGUUUGAGCCAGGUCAAGGUAGAGACAUGGAGAAAAAGGAGAUAAGAAUGCCUAUUAAUCGUGGAAUAGCGGGACACGUAGCAUUAUCUGGUGAAACAAUGAAUAUACCAGAUGCAUAUUCCGACUACAGAUUCAACAGGGAGGUGGAUGAAGCUACAGGAUAUAAAACAAUCAGCAUUUUAUGUAUGCCUGUUAAAGUUCAAGGAAAAGUAAUAGGCGUUGUACAGAUGGUGAAUAAACGCAAUAACGAUAACUUUGAUCACGAGGAUGAAGUCGCAUUUGAAAUAUUUUCCACGUUUUUUGGUCUAGCACUUCAUCAUGCUCGACUUUAUGAUAAAAUUAUGAGAAAAGAACAAAAAUAUAGAGUGGCUUUAGAAGUUUUAAGUUAUCAUAAUACAUGUAGAGAACACGAAGUUCAAGAGAUUCUCACAGACAACAAAACAAUAGUGGAGAAUAUAUAUAACUUCUAUUUGGAUCCGUACCAGUUAGAUGAUUUUCAAAAAUGUAAAGCUGUCUUAACAAUGUUUGAUGACCUCUUUGAAAUUUCAAAAUUCGACUAUGAAACAGUAACUAGAUUUAUAUUAACCGUUAAGAAAAAUUAUAGGAAUGUACCAUAUCAUAAUUUUGACCAUGGCUGGUCGGUAGCUCAUGCCAUGUACGUUAUUUUGAAAAGUGACCACCGACAGCGAUUUGAUUACAAAAUGCGUUUAGCAUUGUUCGUAGCAUCUCUUUGUCAUGACCUAGAUCAUAGAGGCUACACUAAUAAGUAUAUGAAUGAAACCGCCUCACCUUUAGCAGCUAUGUACACCACCUCACCCUUGGAACAUCAUCAUUUUAAUAUUACUGUGACUAUUUUGCAACAGGACGGGCACAAUAUUUUUUCUCAUUUAUCAAUUGAUGAGUACAAAGAUAUCUUACGUUACAUAAGACACUGCAUAUUAGCAACAGAUCUCGCCGCCUUUUUUCCAAAUUUAGCAAAACUUAAAGAAAUUUAUGCCAGUAAUACUCAAUAUUCAAAAUUUAAUUGGGCAGUUCCUGGUCACAGGGACCUAGCAAUGGCUAUUUCUAUGACUGCAGCUGAUUUGUCGGCUUCAACUAAGCCCUGGGAUAUACAGCUCAAAACAGUAAAAGUUAUAUUCGAAGAAUUCUAUGACCAAGGUGAUAAGGAAAAAGCUGCUGGUAAAACUCCAAUACCCAUGAUGGAUAGGAACAAGCCCGAAGAACAACCAGCCAGCCAGGUCGGCUUUCUAAGUCAAAUAUGUAUACCCUGCUACAGCAUGUUAUACAAAAUCCUACCAAAAACAAAACCAAUGUAUGUAAUGUCUUUGAAAAAUCUUAGUAAUUGGAAAUCAAGAGUUGCUUUUACGGAGAAAGAUGUGUCUUCAAACGACGAUACCUCAGAUUUAGUUACUGCAUUAGAUUUAGACGAAGAUGAUUCUGAUGAAUUCAUAGCAAGUGCGGUAUUAAAAGAUGAGGAAGGCGGGAGUAGCAUAGUGUCUACUAUUAAAGAUGAAAUCAAUGACGAUGAGGAGGACAAACAUAUUGAGGAAAUAACUAGUGAAAUGAGGGCUAGUUGGAAAUGCAUUAAAUCUGAUUCAGUUUCAUGGGAGGAUGAUCAAGUAUUAGCUGAUAGAACCGAUUCGAAAACUUGUAAUAUUUGGAAAGACGUUGAAGGUAAUUGGGUUGAUGAUGAAGGAGUAAUUACUAGACCCAAUAAAUCGUUGAAAAUAAUCGUUGUUGAAUCUAAUAAAGAAAUUACCGAUACAGAAGAAAUUUAAUGUUUUGUCCGAAAGUCAAAGUUAAGUGAAAGGCUUAAAAAGAACUGUAACAGAGUAUAACUCGUAUUAUAAAUAGUUUAAAUUUAUUUUUAUCCGAUGUUACACGUUGUCAGAUUUAUUUUAGUUGUAUUUGAAAUUAAAAAAUCCAUAUAUUUCGUAAAGAUCAAUUGUAUAUUACUUGGUGACCCGGAUAACUCUUCUCUUUCGUGGAUACAUCGAUUAUUUUCCAAAUAUUCUUAAUUGUAAAGUUAAAAUCGACUUACGUAUAAGCUUGAACUGUGUGAUAUAAGCUCUGCAGCACUGUACCGCGAGAUGUAAUCUUUGUCAAAUAAAGAAGUUGUAAUACUGAAUAUUCAA